AUUCCAGUAAACGAACACGUGUUUGAAACCAACACAAACAGAAGUCUUACUCAGCCAACGUUCGACGAGCAGUAAAGAGUAAGAGAAACUCCGCCCCAUGUGAAUGAUGUCAUGGCUCCGCCUACUCGCUCUACGUGAAUGUUUCAGACUGUCACCUGCUGCGGUCACACAUCCAAUCCCCCCGACAUCACAGUCUGCUCAGAGUGCGAGUUACAAACGCUGGUCGUGUCGAUACAUUUUCAGGAGUUCAGUUUUGUGAAACAGUUUUUUCUUUUCUCUCUCGGUUGCAGGAGAGAAGGCGAGCCUCCGCUGAUUAACGGAUGGAUUCCUUACAUCGGAAAAGCGCUGGAGUUUGGACAAGACGCCAACAGAUUCCUGGACAAACAUAAGAGGAAGUUCGGAGACAUUUUUACAGUGCAGAUGGCAGGUAAAUACAUGACCUUCGUCAUGGACCCGUUACUCUUUCCAAACAUCAUCAAACAUGGCCGCCAGCUCGACUUCCACGAGUUCUCCAACAAGGUGGCGCCGAUGACCUUCGGCUACCCGCCCACCAACAGCGGGAAGUUCCCGCACAUGCAGGAACAGAUCAGCCGCUCCUUUCAGCUCCUCCAGGGGGACAACCUCACUGUCCUGACAGAGAGCAUGAUGGGUAAUCUCAUGCUGCUGCUCCGUCAGGAUUACCUGGGGGAGGGGGCGGGGCGGGAAGGCUGCUGGAGGAGCAGCAGGAUGUACGAGUUCUGUAACUCUCUGAUGUUCGAGGCCACUUUCCUCACUAUGUAUGGCCGGCCGGUGACGGCGCCGAGGCACAGCGGGACAAGCGUUCUGCGUGAGGACUUUGCCAGGUUUGAUUCCAUGUUUCCUCUGCUAAUAGCUCAGAUACCCAUCGGGCUGCUGAGGCGCACCAAGACCAUCCGCCAGAAACUCAUCAACUACUUCCUGCCGCACAGGAUGUCGUGCUGGUCCCACACCUCGCAGUUCAUCCAGAGACGGUCGGAGGUGCUCGAACAGUACGACACGCUAAGGGACGCCGACAAAGCAGCUCAUCACUUCGCCAUGCUCUGGGCGUCGGUGGGGAACACCAUCCCCGCCUGCUUCUGGUCCAUGUACUACCUGGUGAGUCACCCCGAGGCCCUGGAGGUCGUCCGUCAGGAGAUCCACGACGUCCUGAAGCUCAGCGAGGUGGAGUUCAGCAGCGACAGAGACGUGACGCUGAGCAGAGAGCAGCUGGACAAGCUUCUGUUUCUGGAGAGCGCCAUCAACGAGAGUCUCCGCCUGUCCUCGGCCUCCAUGAACAUCCGAGUGGUUCAGGAGGACUUCAGUCUGCGGCUGAACGCCGAGCGCUCGGUGGCCGUCAGGAAAGGUGACAUCAUCGCCCUCUACCCUCAGAGUAUGCAUAUGGACCCGGAGAUCUACGAGGAGCCACAGACGUUCCGACUCGACCGUUACAUCCAGGACGGCAGAGAGAAGACGGACUUCUUCAAGGACGGUCAGAAGCUCAAGUAUUACCUGAUGCCGUUCGGCUCCGGCUCCUCCAUGUGUCCCGGGCGAUACUUCGCCAUCAACGAGAUCAAGCAGUUCCUGUGUAUGAUGCUGCUCUACUUCGACCUGCAGCUGGAGGCGGGGCAGAGCCGAGCCACGCUGGACUCCAGCAGGGCCGGGCUGGGCAUCCUGCUGCCCGCUCAGGACGUCAGCUUCCGCUACAGACUGAGAGCAGUCUGAGCAGGACGACUGUACACUUAAUGUGUAAGUUACAAAGUGCUUUACAGAUUAAAAUACAAAAUAAAUAUAUACAAUUAGUCAAAGACUCAAAAUCCAAGCUGAAAUCGUACGCAGAGCUUAAAGGAGCAGUAUGUAACUCAGACCCCUAGUGUUUAAAAUGUGUACUGCAGUCUAAAUUCUAAACAUCCAAACCUCCUCUCUAUAGUGGAUGCUCACACAGGUCACCAUGUGGUGGACUCUGAAGCUUCAGUGUUUAUCCAGCUCUGCAUGGGUCUGUAAACCUUUCUGUGUUCUAACCUCUCUCCAUUUUUCAAAAGCAUCUCCAAUAUUGAUCCUAGUUUGAGCACGUUUCUGCUCGUGGAGCUUAUUAGAAACAUGCAGAGGCUUUUUAGGUCGGGUACAAUCACUUCUAUCUGAACCACUUCUCUUGCCCGCUUCCAUCGCUGCAACACCUGUUGACCUGAUAACUGCUCUCAUAUCUGACAAACCGAGGGGCGUCCAAAACGGCCGUGUGGGGGGGGGGUCUUAAAAGCGCCUACCUUCUCUGGUCUAAACAAAUCCAGAGCAUUCAGGAGCAGAAUCUAAAGUUAGAAGGAGGACAUACUGGCUGCUGCAUUGUUGUCAGAGAAGCCAGCACUUCAACAUGUUUCCUUAAUGAUCAGAUAGUAAGAUACCUUUAUCAUCUCACUCUCUACACAUCUCACUGAUUGGUCCUUUAAGAGUCUUUGGUGCGCACAUGGGGCGCAUGCACCAACAACUAGACCACCAGCCCCCCGGGUUCAGGAGACAUCGAUGUAACUUUAGCACUUGUGUUGUUAAACCUUGUCACACUUUAAAGUCCUGUGUGUGUGUGUGUGUGUGUGUGUGUGUGUGUGUGUGUGUGUGUGUGUGUGUGUGUGUGUGUGUGUGUGUGUGUGUGUGUGUGUGUGUGUGUGUGUGUGUGUGUGUGUGUGUGUGUGUGUGUGUGUGUGUGUGUGUGUGUGUGUGUGUGUGUGUGUGUGUGUGUGUGUGUGUGUGUGUGUGUGUGUGUGUGUGUGUCUUCUCAUCUUCAUAUAGAGAAACACUAAAACAUCUAAAGAGUAGCACUAAGUCAUGUCCUCUGUUUAAACGUUCAGGGUUACUGUACAAGGCAACUUAUUCACUGUCAGCAUUGAAGUGGUGUGUGUUUCUGUUUGUUGAGCUCUUUACACUGUAAACGUUUCUGUGUUAGACUGAUCUGUCAGAUUAAACUGAUCUGAUGUUAAUCUGACGACUGUGAAGAGAAGCAGAACACGACUGAGCCAAACGCAACUCAACUUUGCAUCACUUUUACUUUUGCAGCAGGGUCGUCCUGCAGGGGAGUGUCCAGACUAUUGGACUGGAGGGGGGGGGGGGGGCAACUGGGGCUCUGACUUGUGCAGGGGAGUCCUGAAGUUACUGUGCACACACAAGAAUGAAGAGUUUAUUUUUACUUGUUCUGUCUACGCUAAUCUCAUCGUCUCAUAAGUAACACAAGAUAAUGGCAACAUAAUCUUAUUAUUAUCUUAUUUCUUAAAACAACAUGUACGUCCAACGUCUCAACUUUAAGUAUUUUAAUUUUAAAAUCUGCACACUGAACACAAUGAACACAGCCUGAAUCGUGGAUUACAACAUAAGUAAUCCAAUCAUUUUGGGGUGGCCAAUAAGCUGACCCUCUGGACACGCCCCUGUCAUCAUGAUAUCAGAAUUAUUCCAUUUUUUUUUAGAUCGUAGUAAAAACCAGACAUCGAUCGAUUGAUACCUGUAUGAUCCUGCACGUAUAGAUCGAGUAAUUUAUUGUUUUUAAGUAUAAAAUACUGCGAUCAAUCACCUGCAAAUUGUCUAAAUAUUUGCAAAAACAUGCAAUUAAAAAAAGCGAUUGAUCGAGAUUAACUGUCGAAAUGCAUCGAUUAAUCGUGGUUAAAAAAAUUAGUCGUUUGCCGUCAGCCUUCUUACAACAAACGUGAAUACUCAAGAAUUCAGAUGACCAACAGGGCAGUCUAUACGUCCUCAGGUGUGGACAGUUGUAAAUUGAUAAUCCAUGGCACACUUAUUGUGAGCGAACACGUUUCGCGUGUAGCCUCCUCGGGUUCGCCCAGCACCCUAGAAUCCAGUUUUGAUGUUUCUAUCCGCCGGCUGACGAAAAGGAUUCCCUGAACGUGGAUUUGUUCCUUCAAAGUCACUGAACGUGAAAGAACAAUGACCUCCAAGUGUUUAAAUGUGAACUGAGUCAGCAGCUGAAAGACUGAUUCAUACUUCAUGAAAUGUUGAUGAUUUGUAUUGUUUAAUUUUUUUGUAUGUGGUGAUAAGUGCUGCCCUGCAUCAUGAACAAUAAACACUUUUGUACUCUGA